UGAAAGUCACAACUGUGUCAGGCAGAACAUACAUGGUGUUCUACCACUAGAACUAUACCAACCGUUCUAUUUAAUGGUAGAUCGGAAGGCGGGCCAAACACACUUCAUCAAGUCAGAUAUAAUGAUCAUUCCGUUUUAGAAUCUUGGUAGGCAGUGAAUUCUGAAUAUGUUGUCCUUGGGUGAUGAUUAACUAAAGGUGUGUUUAUGGUUAGCCGACACCAAGAGUGUGUUCUUCCAUGCUUUUGUUAGGAUAAGGGGACCACACAAGGAAGUCUUGCUAAACAGGAGGAUGCAUUUCUAGUAAUUCUCAACUUUAUUCAACCUCAACAAGUACGGAAGACUUAUCAAAUAGGAAUAUUGGACAUUUGUUCUUGGAAUUCUCAGACGUUUGUAUAAGGAUGUUUCUUUCAAUUGUGGAUGUCUACUGUAAGUGUCAAAGAACUGCGAUAAUCCAAACAUGUUAUCUGCAUUAAUACAUUUCUGAGGUGGUUAUCUAGUUGACUGAGAAUUUAUUUGCUAUUGUUUUGUUUUCUUGGAAUACUGAAAAAAGGUUGGACUCAAUUUGAACAAAAUUGAUUUAUUUUGACAUUCUUGAUAAAAUCAAGCAUUCCUUUUCUACUUCUACUAGUGAAGAUUAGAUAAGUGUUGGUCUCUGCCGGAGGGAUCUCUUCUGUACUCAUUAACCAUGACAACGGGUACAGGGGGCCCAGUGGCCUCGUUCUCUGUGUGGGACUAUGUGGUGUUUGUGGGGACAGUACUGGGGGCGGCCGGCAUUGGCCUGUUCCAAGCCAUCCGGGGCCGCAAGAACACCAGCAGUGAUGAGUUUCUGCUGGGGGGCCGUCAGAUGACAGCGGUGCCCGUCGCCAUGUCCCUCACUGCCAGCUUCAUGUCUGGCAUCACCGUGAUCGGCACUCCAGCAGAGGCCUAUCGGUUUGGGGCGGCCUUCUGGAUAUUUGGCAUCUCCUAUGCCAUCAUGUCCAUCAUCACCGCUGAAAUCUUCGUCCCUCUCUUCUACCGCCUGGGCAUCACCAGCACCUACGAGUAUCUGGAGAUGCGUUUCAACAAGUUGAUUCGGGUGAUCGGGACCACCAUGUACAUCAUACAAACGGCCCUGUACACUGGUAUGGUCAUCUACGCGCCAGCUCUUGCUCUCAAUCAAAUCACAGGGCUGAACCUCUGGGGAGUGCUGGUGGCCACUGGGGUGGUGUGCAUCAUCUACUGCACCCUGGGAGGUCUGAAGGCGGUCAUAUGGACAGACGUGUUCCAGAUGGUGAUCAUGUUAGCAGGCUUCGUGGCCGUCAUCGCCAGGGGGGCUGUCAUCCAGGGAGGUCUGGGGAAGAUCUGGGAUGACUGUUACCAAGGAGGCAGGCUCAACCUUUUUGAUUUUGAUCCAGACCCUUUGAAGCGUCACACGUUCUGGACGAUCGUGGUUGGUGGCAGUGUGAUGUGGGCGUCCAUCUACUCCAUCAACCAGUCACAGGUGCAGCGUUACAUCUCCUGCAAAACCCUAACUCAAGCCAAACUGUCACUGUAUGUGAAUAUGAUUGGUCUCUGGGUGACUGUGAGCUUAGCAGUGUUCUCCGGCCUCACCAUGUACUCCAUUUACAAGAACUGUGAUCCACUCACCAAUGGUGAUGUAGGGGCACUUGAUCAGCUGCUUCCAUACCUGGUAAUGGACAUCCUGGCAGCCUAUCCUGGAGUCCCUGGGUUGUUUGUUGCGGCAGCAUACAGUGGUACACUGAGUACUGUGUCCUCCAGCAUCAAUGCGCUGGUGGCUGUCACUGUGGAGGACUUCAUCAGGCCAAUGUACAAAAACCUGACAGAUAAACAGGUGACCUGGAUGAACAUGGGCCUCAGUGUUUUCUUCGGAUUUUUGUGCAUUGGGAUGGCUGCAAUAGCUUCACUGAUGGGGAGCAUUCUGCAGGCAGCCCUGUCCAUAUUUGGAAUGAUCAGUGGCCCUCUUCUUGGGCUUUACCUCUUAGGCAUGUUCUGGCGCACAGCAAACUCAACAGGGGGACUCACAGGGCUGAUUAUGGGCCUUGUUAUUACCCUGUGGGUGGGGAUUGGAGCUCAGAUAUACCCACCCUUAGCUGAUAAAACCAACCCCCUGCCAAUAAGUGUGGCAGGCUGUAACCGCACGCAGGACCUGAACUACACCACCUUGGCCCCAUGGACCAGUGCAGUAACAAUGACCCCUCUGCCUGAUGACCGUCCGGCUCUGGCAGACUCUUGGUACUCCCUGUCCUACUUGUACUUCUGUCUUCUGGGCACUUUGGUGACUGUGAUCGUGGGCUUGGUGGUAAGCGCUAUCACAGGUGGCUGCAAGCAGGAAAAGCUAAGCUCAGAUCUCUUUGUAAGGAGAAGUGAUCUAUUCUGUGCUGGCUGUGGCAAGGACUCAGAGGCAUCAGAACCUGAGAUAAAUGAAAAGGCUGGGUCAGAGCUGAAUAAGGGAUCAAACAAUGCUGGAUUCCAAGACCCUCAGUUUAACAUUGUGGAGAAGGAUGUGGAGAAGGUCACUAAAAUGUGAUGCUGCCACCAAGCUAAAUGCACUCUGUCAACCGGAGUUCUGCAAGAGAACAAUUUUUCCUCUUACCUUUCCAUUCUCCUUUUAUUGUAAUGAAAUUCAUUACUAAGAGAAGGAACCCCAAGUGUGUAAUACUGUAGGUUGAUACAGUUGAUCAACUAGCUAGCUCAUGUAUGUUAGGCUAACUAGCUAUCUAAAUCUUAUAGUUAUCAUAGCCAGAUUACUUGCCCAGGUGCCUCGACCCCCAAGGGGCCUCCAUUGAUUUUGUAGAGUCAUUAAAGUAUCAUAUGAACACACAUAAGACAUGGCAAAAUGUGUAGAAUUGCAGGAAAUGAGUUUUAAAACUGUAAAAUGUUCUCUAAACCAACAAGAGGGGUGUGAAUAGUUUAGGAUCCCAUGUGUUGUGAGGUGGUUUGUUACUAUCUCAAUAAGUGACCGUAUCCAUCCAGCCACCUAGGAAAUGUGUGACCAGACCUUCUCAAAUAGUAGCUGAGCAUCCCUGACCUAGGCCAUGGAAGGGUACUGCAAUGUAAAGCAAUAUUUUAAUGUAUACAGCACAUGUUGUAAGGUAGGACUUUUCAACCAUGUGUUAAGAUAAAACAAUAUAUAACAAUGUAAAUCUAACUUAAUUGUCAGUAGAAAUAAGCAUAUGCAGUUCAUAUGUAAUCAUAUUGUUAGAGGAAUUCUAAAUUCCUAUAUGUUUUGUAGCCAAAACCAAAUUCACACUAUCUAUUUCAUAAUAAGUUGUAAGUUUAUCAUUUUUGCAUGAAAUAGAUCGAGACCAGUCUUAAAAGUCAGGUAACAGUGUUUAAUUCAAGAGAGUACUGACCCAAAAUACAAAGAACAUUACAUUUUAAAGAGAGAAGAUAAAAAUGACGUCAUCAGUUUCUCACACUCUCUCCGAUCCACACAAUAGCGCAGUGUCUUCAGGUCUGGAGAUUGUCUCCUACUCCUCUCAUAAAGCAAACAUUCCAAUCUGUCUAAAAGACAUUUUCUCCUCCACUAAUGGAACAUCACAUAACAUUCUUAUCUGUCUGAAAAGAUAUGCCAUCCCUCUCCCUUAAACAUGCAAGGUACAGAUAAUUAAUUUGUUUUACCUACAUUUUCAGUCCUAGUUUAACCAAGAACCCAUACAUUUCAUACCAUAACAUAAUAGUAAUAAAACUUAAUGGUUCUAAAAUAAAUGUAUGCAUAAUUAAUCAUUUCAACUAUAAUUUCCUCCAACAAAUCCUCCCUUUGAUUAAAUAUUAUACAUUCAAAUCUACAUCUAAUUUUAUCAAACAUAAAAAAAAAAAAUAUGAAUAGACUUAUAACUAACCUUAUUAUACAUGUUUAUCAGAUUUAUCAUACGAAUAGACUUAUAACCAACAUUAUUAUAAAUGUUUAUCAGACUCUUCACCCAUCAUUAAUCAAAUCUAACCUUAACACCAACUGUUUUUAACCCUACAUCAGAAUCUUAAUUAUACUUAUCAGGAUUUUCCGUUAAUCUUCAUGAAAAAAUAGUCUAUACAUUGAAACAAGAAAACAUCUAAAUUUCCUAAACAUCAAAUAUGGUCUGCUCGCAAGUGAAAGGACCCGGAUUCUUCUAUUACGUCCAAGCCAUGUAUUUUGUAUUCCACUGGUCAGAGCUUUGGAUUGGUCCAUCUAUCUCCAUCUGAAGUGUCAUCGAUUUCUCCAGAGUCCUGGAAAUAAGGCCUCGCACACAGGGAAUUAGACAACAGCCACCUAAAACUAAAACAGUCACACAGGUGAAUGUAGCCCAUAACACAGUGAUCAUAACAUUUUCCAUUUUCCAAACGUACUAUCAAACCAAUUAUUCAGAGAAGUAUCCACCCCAGAGUUUUCUUCCAAACCGCGAGCCAGGGUGGUCAAACCAGCUGAGGCUUCGGGCACUGAUUCGUCCGGAGCUGUGUUACUUGGGAUGUAAGCACAAACAUGGUCCUGAUAAUCACGCAUACUUCUCUCUUUUCAUCCAUUAACAUAUCUAAUGCAAUUCUAUUCUGCCAAGCCAUCCAGCUGGUUGCUUCAGUCUGUUCUGCAAAACCUUUAACAGCAUCUCUGGUAUACUUGUUAAAGCGCUGUUGAUUAUCAUAAAUAUAAUUAAUCCAGUCCACGUUCUUAUUGAGAGUAGACCCCCCCCCCCCCGGAAAUGCUUAACUCUAAUCCUGCUAGGGUCUCAUUUCUUGCUUUGACUCAUCUGGCACACCCCUUGGAACCCCAAUGUUAUCAAAGUAUACUUGGUCAAUAAGAGACCCGGACGGAAAAGCUCUUUUUUCCCAUUUGGCUAUACUUCAUGUCUUGGUGUUGAAUGAGUGUGAAAGGCAUUACAAUGGAGCAUAAUCCUGUCCAAUCUGUUGGCAAAACCUUGCCCUGACAUCAUUUCCCAAGAGUACUGUACCGGGCCAAACGGUAAUAAUCUCCUCCGGUCACUGUGAAGGGAGGAACCUGGGGAUUCAAAUAGUGCAAAUCAAUACAACUGUCAUUAUCUGGCAUUCCUGCUUUCGUGAACAGCUUUACCAUACCGGCCUAAACUCCUCUACCCAGAACCGUACUAGGGUGUCGACCAAGAAUGGGUCAUAUCCAUCAUACCACAACCCUAGAUUCUCCUUCAUUACUGUUUAAAUGGUUAGGCGUAUCUUUAUGUAAUGCAUCCCUCUCUCCGGAUUACAAUCAAAAACUCUCACCUUCACUAUACUCCACCUCCUUCCAUACUGGGUGAGUGGAUUCAUAUAGCCCUCUCUCUCCAAAUGAGUUAUGACCUGUGUCCACGAUCAAUAUGGAAACCUGCACCAAUAUAUGCCAUAAUGGCUCAGAGUCCUAGACUGCCAUGUAGUUAGAGACUCCAUUUUGGUCUACAUAAAACUCCAUUGAGAGAUCCUUCCCAACCUCUACUCUAAGUUCCUGUCUACCCAGAUCUAGGGAUCUCUUAUGCUUAUUUUGGAACAAAAUCCUCAUCGUCUAAACCAUGGGUCAAAUUACCACUCUCCGCAUACUCAAGUAGGACGUGCUGUAUCAGGAAUAUGUCACCCACGAUAAGACAGCUCAGACGAACAGCUUCCAUGUGAAGCCCCACCCUCUCCCCGAGAACACAUCACUUAGCAAGAGCCAGACACAUCUUCACUUCUAUGAACAACAACAGUGAGGAAAGGACAGGUAAGGUAUUUUUCAUUUGAGAGAUGGCCCCCAGAAUUCUGUUCAUUCCAGUUAUCCUCUCGAACUCUGUUAUUGUUCCACAGUGUCACUGUGUCGUACCCUCCCGCAGUGCGAUAUGAAUCCGGGUAGUUCUUUCUGCUAGCUGUCACCAGAAGUCCUUGGUAUGGUCCCCCCAACAGGCCUCAGGGACUGGAUUGAGUGACUUCACCUGUAAUUCACCUGUAGUGCAUAAAAUCUUGGACAUACAGGUUUGGUUAACAAACAGUUUCUCAUUUGUUCUAUCUGAUUAUAUCUUUUCCAUAUAUCUUUAUUUUAUUUUUUAUUUUGUAUUAUCAGUUAAUUAUCCCGUUGGUCACAUCCUAUCCUAGAACACAAUUUACACUUUUUACACAAUUUACCCAUCAAUACUCUUACACAAAUGCUUGUUUAGCUAUGGUUGAAAAGCAUAUUUUGAAAAUCUGAGAUGACAGUGUUGUUAACAAAAGUCUAAGCUUGAGAGCAAAUAUAUUUAUUUAAUUUCAUUUGCGAUUUUCAUGAAUAGUUAACGUUGCGUUAUGCUAAUGAGCUUGAGGAUAUAAAUAGGAUCCCGGAUCCGGGAUUGCUCGACACAAGUAGUUAACUUCACUUUAUCAUUUGUAAUGUCAAACCUAGCCAAUGGCUUUAAAACAAAUCACUAAUCACUUAUUCAAUUGUAAUGUCAAACAUAGCCAAUGGCUUUAAAAAAAAUCACUAAUCACUUCAUCAAUUGUAAUAUCAAACCUAGCCAAUGGCUUUUAAAAAAUCACUAAUCACUUCAUCAAUUGUAAUGUCAAACAUAGCCAAUGGCUUUAAAACAAAUCACCAAUCACUUCAUCAAUUGUAAUGUCAAACCUAGCCAAUAGGCCCCCCCCCCCCCUAAAAAAAAGCAGUGAUGCAGUUGUUGACACAAACCGGUGUGCCUGGCACCUACAACCAUACCCCGUUCACAGGCACUUACAUUUUUUUUGUUGUCCCUUCACCCUCUGAAAGGUACAAUCCACGUCUCAAUUGUCUCAAGACUUAAAAAUCCUUCUUUAACCUGUCUCCUCCCCUUCAUCUACGCUGAUUGAAGUGGAUUUAACAAGUGACAAUAAGGGAUCAUAGCUUUCACCUGGAUUCACCUGGUCAGUCUAUGUCAUGGAAAGAGCAGAUGUUCCUAAUGUUUUUUUACAGUCAGUGUAUAUUAUUAAUGUCUUUACACUUUUUGACAGAUUUAGCUGAUUAUUGACAAAUCAGGGAGAAUACGACCAUCUGAGUAAAUACAAAUAAAUGACUAUAACACA